AUGGUUAAGAACAAAGUUAAUAGAAAAUUAGGUAAUUUCAGAGAUAAGGUAGAUAAGACAAAGCAUCCGAAUGUUCUGAAGAAGUCAGCUAAAUCAGAAAUUAAUGAGAUAUUUCAAGUUAUUUCGGAUAAGAAGCUGGAAAGGCAGGGAUUAGAAUCACAGUUACAGAAAGCUACCAAAUUUAAAACUUCAAAAGCUAUUCAUAAUAAGGAAAUUGGACAGAUUUCAUCGAAAAUUAAACCUAUAAGAUAUACUGAAGAUGGAUUACCAGUAUAUAAAUUGGAAGACUUAAAGAUAGGUCAAGGUGGAGGUACACCUGACUGUCCUUUUAAUUGUGAGUGUUGCUACUAA